GUACAGGAUGCGAACAAAAUGUUUAACUACCGAAGAAUGAAAACUGAAAAUUAGCAGCAAAAUAUCCAGAAGUACUUCUGAGCUUUUUCUAUUUUUGUUUUGCUUUUAAAAUUGUAAACCUCUGUUCUCCGUAGUAAAGUUUUUGGAUUGCAACUAUAUCGCGAUCUGAAGGUUAGAUUGAACGAGUAUUUACUGCCAAGUGCUCAGUACUCUGUCUCAGCAGAGACUGGCGCCGCGGUCGAGAAAUCACGGAAUUCUGUUUCGUUUUGCCAUCAGGACGUCGCGUAGUUAAACUUGUUGGUCUAAUAAUCCAUCAGACCAGCCGUAGACAUUAGCAGACGUACCACAAAAAUGUCAACGACGCUGCGUCCGUACCUGAAUGCUGUCAGGGCCACUUUGACGGCUGCCAUGUGUGUGGAAAACUUCGACAGCCAAGUAGUGGAAAGGCACAACAAACCUGAAGUAGAAGUGAGAUCGUCCAAAGAAUUGUUGCUGAAUCCUGUUGUGAUCAGCAGGAACGAAAAGGAGCGAGUUCUUAUCGAGGGCUCCAUUAACUCUGUGCGAGUGAGCAUAGCCAUCAAACAAGCGGAUGAGAUUGAGAAAUUGUUGUGUCACAAGUUUAUGCGUUUCAUGAUGAUGCGAGCGGAACACUUCUUCGUCAUGAGAAGAAAGCCAGUUGAGGGGUAUGAUAUAAGUUUCCUCAUCACUAACUUCAAUACGGAACAAAUGUACAAGCACAAGCUGGUGGAUUUUGUUAUAAAUUUUAUGGAGGAAAUCGAUAAAGAAAUCAGCGACAUGAAGCUGACGCUGAACUCUCGCGCUCGAGUCUGUGCCGAGGAAUUCCUCAAGAAGGCAAGUACAGAACAAGAUUAAAAAAUAAAACAACCCGAAAAAUGCACAGAAGUUAUUAUCUGUAAACCUUAUUUGCUACUGUCUGUAUCGCAAACUAACACGAUUCCAUUUUCAGUUUUGAAACCGCAGUUCCUGUCCAACACUAAACUAGAGAUUGGGAGCGAUAUUGUCGAGGAUUUUCAUUCCGACUUCGUAACCCAAGAAGCACGCCUAAAAUACCACUUCCAUUACUUACUCUGUUUUACUUUUUUAUUUGUUAAUGGUCAAGUGAUGUCUCUUACCGCAUUUGCUGGAAAAGCACGGAGCAGAACUGGUGUAGCUCCCUUAUAAAAACCAGCUAUUC